AUGUUCAGGGAUGCAUACGCCUGGGUGGCGAGGUGUGAGAAGUGCAAGUUGUUUACAGGUAAACCCCAGUUGGUUGCCUCGCCAUUGAGACCUGUGGUAAUUGAAGAACCUUUUAAACAGUGGGGAUUAGAUUUCAUUGGUCCUUUGAACCUCGUUUCCAGUACGGGGCAUACUCACAUAUUAACAGCAAUGGAUUAUUUCACUAAGUGGGUGGAAGCUAUCCCCGUAAAAAAAACCACUUCAGAGAUUGUGUGUACGUUCCUUAAGGAUAAUAUUCUUAUUAGGUUUGGAGUCCCUCAGAAGAUAGUCACAAAUAAUGAAUCAAAUUUCUCUUCAUCUGAGUUAAGUUUAUUUUGCUAUGACCAUGGAAUUUCCUUGGCACAUGCUUCUGAUUAUUAUCCGCGGGGUAACGGUCAAGUAGAAUCAAGUAACAAGAAUUUGAUCAAUAUCAUGAGAAAGUUGGUUAGUGAGAAUUACAAGGAUUGGCAUAAGACAUGA